CGGUAGAGACGUCAGGAUUGGACGCAGCAGGGGAUCCCCAGCAUUCCGUUUCUGCCUCGCUUGGCGUAUCAUCAUCUUUUACCGGGAGGAGAUGAGCUGGCUCACUCUCGCAGAGGGCAGCACUAACAGAGGACGCUCUCGGAUCUCCGUUUCACCGGAGCGCGCUCUCUCGCUCCUUCUCCCUCCCUCUCUCUCCAUCUUCGCUUCUCGUGCUGCAGAGACUGUUUCCCCCCCGCGUGUGCCGGGCGGCCGGGACAGCGCGAGAAGAAAGCGCAGAGCAAAGGGGAAAAGGUGUUUCACCUGCUGAGCGGUUUAUUUCCGGAUAGAAAAGGACGCUUUGGGAUGAAAAUCGAUAUUAUUCGUUGAACUCUGUAAGUUUCAUUGUAGUUUUGUAGACGGACGAGAAGCGAGCGUUUCAUCUUUCUUCAUCAACGGUUCAUUUCGCGUGCGCUGCUCUGACAGCCGCGCGCGCCGAGCUGCCUUGGACUCCUCGAGCCUUUUUUCUCUUUUUUUUUUUUGCUCCAACAAUACAAAAAAAAUCGAUUAAUUUUUAAAGUACUAACAGUGUUUUGAAAGGAGGAAACUCGCCUUUUUUUUUUUUUUCUUAAGACUUCCGCUCAUCAAAGCGGUUAGAAAGUGAAGUAGAACGGACGGAGAACACGGAGCUCCGAGUGCGCUUUUCUUGUUUUUUGUUUUUUUUUUGUGCUAGGAGCAACAUAAAGGUUGAAGUUGAAAAUCCGAACAAGUGGGAGUUUGUUUUGUGGGAGGAAAGUGGAAGAAAACAACACAACGAGCGGCUACAGACGGAGGUCGUAAACUAGCAGAGGAGGAUCCCCCCCAGCAUCGGGACGCACAGCGCUGUGUUGGGUCCUGAACAACUCUGAUGCUUUGACGUAAGACUCCCCUCUGCUCACACCUGCCAACACAGAUUUUGAGCCACAGAAAGGAACAACGAUAUUUGGCAGCAGACCAGCGCCGUUCAAGUGCCAGACCGACUCUACAAGUUGGUGGAGGACAACAACCUUUCUCUCUCUCUCUCUCUCUCUGUCUGUCAGACUCGCUCUGUUUUUCUUCAAUCUCUGUCUGUCUCUCUCUCUGCCUGUCCAUCAGUCUUUCUGUGUAUGCAGCUGAACAGCAGCAUGCCUGUAUGUUUACCGGCAGCACAAGCAGAAGCAUUAUGGAAGUGAAAGAGCGACGUCCAUACUGCUCUCUCUCCAAGAGCCGCAAGGACAAAGAGGGGCCGUACACAGGUUCAUCAGGGGACAGUGAGGACUGUGCCAUCAGCUCUCAGGGGCUCCGGGUCCCCACUCAGAAGUCCUACUCGUCCAGUGAGACCCUGAAGGCCUUCGACCAGCACCAGGACCAGACCAGGUUACUGUACGGGACGACUAAGGGACACAAGGAGAUGGUUCACCGUGAACAGGAUGAUUACAACAGACAAGGUCAGCACUUCAGUCUCCGUCAGCUGGGAAUCUGCGAGCCGCCGUCCCGCCGCGGCCUGGCCUUCUGCUCCGAGAUGGGCCUCCCCCACCGCGGCUUCUCUGUUGGAACGGGCCAGGACCUGGAUCCCGACAGUCAGGCUGUGAUGUCACCGGAGCGCGCCAUGAGGCUGUGGGGCCGCGGAGGUCUGGGUAAAUCCUCCGGGAGGAGUUCCUGCCUGUCCAGCCGCUCCAACUCAGUGCUCACUCUGACCGACACGGAGCACGAGAACAAGUCGGACAGCGACAACGGUUCUCCAAUGCCCUCCCCCUCCUGUCCAUCAUCUGUCAUUGACCAAUCACAUCCGCAAUCAGCCAAUCCUCAUGACAACCCGUUGUUAGGCGAUGGGGCUGAGCCAGACUCAGAGGAAGAGGAGGAGGAGGAAGAGGAGCAGGAGGAGUAUGCAGAUCGAUUGUACUUACCUGUAACUCAUGAGCAACCAUCCAAUCACCACGGCGCCACCCUGCCUCCGGUACCUCCCCCUCACCGCCAGCAGCCCUCCAUUACAGCUCUCAACCAAUCCCUGGGCUCCACACACCACGCUGGCCAAUCCCUGAAUUCACGGCAGCUCACCCCUCCCAUUGGAAACCCGGCCCCCGUGGCCGGCCAAUCACCAGCCGAGCUGCAGACCACGCCCCCCGAGAGCGUCCCGCUGCAAGACAGCUGGGUGCUGGGUAGCAAUGUGCCUCUGGAAACAAGGCACUUCCUCUUUAAGACAGGCACAGGCACCACCCCCCUCUUUUCCACGGCAACACCUGGCUACACCAUGGCAACAGGCUCCGUGUACUCCCCGCCCACCAGGCCCCUGCCGAGGAACACGCUGUCCCGCUCCGCCUUCAAAUUCAAGAAAUCCUCCAAGUACUGCUCAUGGAGGUGUACAGCCCUCAGCGCUGUAGGGCUGUCUGUGCUGCUCUCUGUGCUGCUCUGUUACUGCAUAGCGAUGCACCUGUUCGGUCUGAACUGGCAGCUCCAGGAGAGUGAGGGAUACGGGGCGUUUGAAAACGGAGGAGGGGGGCGAGAUACGACCCCCAACACCUUCAUGGUGUCCACAGACAACGGUAAAAUGUUUCUCCUAGAGAACAACACCAUCGAUACAGGAGAGGUGGAUGUGGGAAGACGAGCGCUACAAGACGUCCCACCAGGUGUGUUUUGGAGGUCCCAGCUGUACAUCGACCAGCCGCAGUUCUUAAAAUUCAACAUCUCCGUCCAGAGAGACGCUCUUGUUGGGGUGUACGGACGCAAAGGAAUACCGCCCUCACACACACAGUACGACUUCGUUGAGCUGCUGGACGGAAGUCGCCUUAUUUCCAAAGAAAAACGAGCGCUCAGCGACAGCGACGCAGGACACACAAACGAGGAGGAGUCUGCAGGAGGAGCGGCCAGACACAUACGCUCAGUGAACGUGCACGAGGCCGGCUUCAUUCAGUACCUGGACACGGGGAUCUGGCACAUGGCGUUUUACAACGACGGACGCAACACGGAACAAGUGUCUUAUAACACCAUCGUCAUAGAGUCGAUUAUGGAGUGCCCUCAGAAUUGCCAUGGAAACGGAGAUUGUCUCUCAGGAGUGUGCCACUGUUUCCCCGGGUUUCUUGGCCCUGACUGCUCGCGAGCUUCCUGUCCGGUGCUGUGCAGCGGCAACGGUCAGUACUCGCGCGGACGCUGCCAGUGCUACAGCGGCUGGAAAGGCACCGAGUGCGACGUUCCAGCCAACCAGUGCAUCGACAUCCACUGCGGAGGACACGGCAUCUGCAUCAUCGGUGCCUGCAUCUGCAACACCGGGUACAAGGGCGAGAACUGUGAGGAAGUGGACUGCAUUGACCCCAGUUGUUCUGCACAUGGCGUGUGUAUCCACGGCGAGUGUCACUGUCAGCCCGGCUGGGGCGGAGCCAGCUGUGAGAUCGCCAAGGCCAUGUGUCCAGACCAGUGCUCAGGUCACGGCACCCACAACGCAGAAACCAACACCUGUGCCUGCGACCAGAACUGGACUGGGCCUGACUGCUCUCUGGAGGUGUGCGAGGUGGACUGCGGCAACCACGGCGUCUGCUACGGCGGUGUGUGUCGUUGUGAGGAGGGCUGGACGGGAACCUUGUGCGACCAGAAGGCCUGUCACCCGAUGUGCAGCAAGAACGGUGUUUGCAAGGAGGGCAAGUGUGAGUGUGACCAGGGCUGGACCGGAGAGCACUGCAAUAUCGAGGGUUGUCCAGGUCUCUGCAACAACAAUGGUCGCUGCACCCUGGAGGCUAGUGGCUGGCACUGCAUCUGCCAAUCAGGAUGGAGAGGGGCCGGGUGUCACGUAGCCAUGGAAACGCUUUGCACGGACGGCAAGGACAAUGAAGGAGACGGGCUGGCGGACUGUAUGGAUCCAGACUGCUGCCUGCAGCCGUCCUGUCAGAACCAGCAGUACUGCAAAGGAUCACCUGACCCCGGGGAGGUGCUCAGCCUAUCCCCGUCCUCGCUGGCUCCUCAACAGGCUGCUCGGUCUUUCUACCAGCGUAUUCACUUCCUGCUGGGUCCUGAAUCCACUCAGGUCGUCACUGAGGAGAGUCCCUUCAAUAAAAGCCUGGUGUCCAUAAUUCGAGGUCAGGUGUUGACGGCAGACGGGACGCCUCUGAUCGGAGUCAACGUGACGUUUGUUCACUAUCCUGAACACGGAUACACAGUGACACGCAAGGACGGCAUGUUCGACCUCCUCGCCAACGGUGGAGCGUCCCUCACGUUGAGUUUCGAGCGCGCUCCGUUCCUCACCCAGUACAGGACCGUGUGGGUGCCGUGGAACGUCUUCUACGUGAUGGACACGCUGGUCAUGAAGAAGGAGGAGAACGACAUCCCGAGCUGCGACCUGAGCGGAUUCAUCAGACCGAGUCCCGUCAUCGUCGCUUCUCCUCUGUCCACAUUCUUCAGAAGUUCACCUGAGGACGGACCCAUCAUCCCUGAAACACAGGUUUUACAAGAAAAAACCUCAAUCCCUGGCAGUGACCUGCAUCUGAUCUACCUGAGCUCCAGAGCUGCUGGGUAUAAACCAGUCCUCAAAGUCACCAUGACGCAGUCAUCCAUACCAUUCAACCUGAUGAAGGUUCACCUGAUGGUGGCGGUAGUGGGUCGCCUUUUCCAGAAAUGGUUUCCUGCUCAGCCGAAUCUUUCCUACACCUUCAUCUGGGACAAAACCGACGCCUACGGCCAACGAGUGUACGGACUGUCUGAGGCAGUUGUGUCAGUGGGGUUUGAAUACGAGUCGUGUCUGGACCUCAUCCUGUGGGAGAAGAGGACGGCCAUCUUGCAGGGCUACGAGAUGGACGCGUCCAACAUGGGAGGGUGGACGCUGGACAAACAUCACAUCCUGGACCUGCAGAACGGUAUUCUGUACAAGGGCAACGGGGAGAACAUUUUCGUUUCCCAGCAACCUCCUGUCAUCAGCAGCAUCAUGGGAAACGGCCGCCGCCGCAGCAUCUCCUGCCCCUCCUGUAACGGGCAGGCGGAGGGCAACAAGCUGCUGGCCCCGCUGGCUCUGGCGUGUGGAGCAGACGGCAGCAUCUUUGUGGGAGACUUCAACUACAUCCGCAGGAUCUUCCCAUCUGGGAACGUGACCAGUGUCAUGGAGCUGAGAAACAAAGAUUUCAGACAUAGCAACAAUCCUGCUCAUCGUUACUACCUCUCCACUGACCCCGUGACCGGACAGCUUUAUGUAUCCGACACAAAUUCACGCCGAAUCUACCGACCCAAGAUGCUCAGCGGUGCCAAAGAUCUCAUCAGUAAUGGUGAAGUGGUGGCCGGUACAGGUGAACAGUGUCCUCCGUUUGAUGAAGCUCGAUGUGGAGAUGGAAGAAAAGCUACAGAGGCACAGCUGCUAGGACCGAAAGGGAUCGCAGUGGACAGAAACGGUCUGAUCUAUUUCGUGGACGGGACGAUGAUCAGGAAGGUGGAUCGUAACGGAAUCAUCUCCACCAUGCUCGGCAGCAACGACUUAACCUCUGCAAGACCACUGACGUGCGACACCAGCAUGCACAUACGUCAGGUCCGUUUGGAGUGGCCCACAGACCUCGCCAUCAACCCCAUGGACAACUCCAUCUACGUCCUGGACAACAACGUGGUGCUGCAGAUCACUGAAAACAGACAGGUGCGUAUCGUGGCAGGGCGUCCCAUGCACUGUCAGGUCCCUGGUAUCGAGUACACGAUGGGGAAGAGAGCCGUGCAGACCAUGUUAGAGGGAGCUACAGCCAUCGCUCUGUCCUACAGCGGCGUGCUCUACAUCGCAGAGACGGACGAGAAGAAGCUGCAUCGCAUUCGACAGGUUUCUACUGAUGGAGAAAUAACACAUCUAGCUGGAGCGCCCUCUGAAUGUGACUGCAAGAAUGAUGCUAACUGUGACUGCUACCAAACCGGAGACGGCUACGCUAAAGACGCGCGGCUCAACUGUCCGUCCUCUCUGGUCGUGUCCCCUGACGGGACUCUGUACGUCGCAGAUCUCGGAAACAUCCGGAUACGAGCCAUACGACGCAACAUGCCGCCUACUGGCUCUCUGGCUUCUGGUCCCAGCUCGUAUGAGGUCGCCUCUCCGGCCUCUCAGGAGCUCUACGUGUUCGAUCUGAACGGGACUCAUCAGUUCACCAUGUCGCUGGUCACUGGAGACUACAAAUACAACUUCAGCUACAGCAACGAGGAGGACGUUACCGCGGUGACAGACAGCAGCGGGAACACCCUCCGCAUCCGUAGGGACACAAAUAGGAUGCCUGUGCGUGUGGUCGCCCCUGACAACCAGGUCAUCUGGCUGACCAUUGGGACAAACGGAGGUCUGAAGACUCUAACUGCUCAGGGUCAGGAGCUGGUCUUGUUUAGUUACCACGGCAACAGCGGCUUGCUGGCCACCAAGAGCAUCCAGAUCGGCUGGACCACGUUCUACGACUACGACAGCGAGGGCCGGCUGACUAACGUGACCUUCCCCACCGGCGUGGUCACCAAUCUCCACGGCGACAUGUCAUCAGGGGCCGUUGCCGUGGACAUCGAGACGUCAGGGAGGGAUGAGGACGUUUCCAUAACAACCAACCUGUCAUCAAUAGACUCGUUCUACACUCUGGUGCAGGACCAGCUGCGUAACAGCUACCAGGUGGGGAACGACCACUCGCUGAGGGUCAUCUACGCCAACGGGAUGGACUCGCACUACCAGACCGAGCCUCAUAUACUCGCAGGUGCUGCUAACCCGACUGUAGCCCGACGUAACAUGACGCUGCCGGGAGAGAACGGACAGAACCUGGUGGAGUGGAGGUUCAGGAAGGAGCAGACACGAGGAAAAGUCAUCGUGUUCGGGAGAAAGCUCAGAGUGAACGGCAGGAACCUUCUCUCUGUGGAUUACGAUCGCUCGCUGCGAACAGAGAAAAUUUAUGACGACCACAGGAAGUUCCUGCUGAAGAUCAUCUAUGACACGCAGGGCCACCCGACACUCUGGGUCCCCAGCAGCAAACUGCUGUCAGUCAACCUCACCUACUCCAGUACGGGGCAGGUGACUGGACUGCAGAGGGGUCCGACCACAGAGCGCUGGGAGUACGACAGUCAGGGACGAAUCAUCUCCAGAGUGUUCGCUGAUGGAAAGACGUGGAGCUACACCUACCUGGAUAAGUCCAUGGUCCUGCUGCUGCACAGUCAGCAUCAGUACAUCUUCGACUACGACGCGGGCGACCGUCUGUCCGCUGUCACCAUGCCCAGCGUGGCUCGCCACACCAUGCAGACCAUCAGGUCCAUCGGAUACUACCGGAACAUCUACAACCCCCCAGAGAGCAAUGCCUCGGUCACUGUGGACUACUCCGAGGAAGGACAGCUCCUCAGAGUCGCCCAUCUUGGUACCGGCCGCGGUAUUCUCUACAAAUAUCGUAGACAGAACAAGUUGGCAGAGAUCCUUUACGACUCCACGCGUGUCAGCUUCACGUACGAUGAGACAGCCGGCGUGCUGAAGACCGUCAACCUGCAGAGCGAAGGCUUCAUCUGCUCCAUCCGGUACCGGCAGAUCGGCCCGCUCGUCGAUCGGCAGAUCUUCCGCUUUAGCGAGGACGGGAUGGUGAACGCACGCUUCGACUACACCUACGACAACAGCUUCAGAGUCACCAGCAUGCAGGCCGUGAUCAACGAGACGCCGCUGCCAAUCGACCUGUACCAGUUUGAUGACAUAUCAGGGAAGGUGGAGCAGUUUGGGAAGUUUGGAGUCAUCUAUUACGACAUCAACCAGAUCAUCUCCACGGCGGUGAUGACCUACACCAAACACUUCGACCAGCAUGGCCGCAUCAAAGAGAUCCAGUACGAGAUCUUCAGGUCCCUGAUGUACUGGAUCACCAUUCAGUAUGACAACAUGGGCCGAGUCACCAAACGGGAGAUCAAGAUUGGACCGUUCGCCAACACCACCAAAUAUGGCUAUGAGUACGACGUGGAUGGACAGCUGCAGACGGUCUCCCUCAACGAGAAGAUGAUGUGGAGGUAUAACUACGAUCUGAAUGGAAACCUGCACCUGCUGAACCCUGGGAACAGCGGGCGGUUAACCCCUCUACGCUACGAUCUGCGGGACAGAAUCACUCGUCUGGGGGACGUACAGUACAGGCUGGAUGAAGACGGCUUCCUGAGACAGAGAGGAGCCGAGAUCUUUGAAUACAACUCCAAAGGUCUUCUUGUCCGUGUCUACAGUAAAGCGGCCAGCUGGACGAUCCAGUACCGUUACGACGGUUUGGGUCGGCGUGUGGCAUCUAGAAACAGUCUUGGACAACACCUGCAGUUCUUCUACGCUGACCUGAACUAUCCCACGAGAAUCACACACGUGUACAACCACUCCAGCUCCGAGAUCACCUCCUUCUACUACGAUCUGCAGGGUCACGUGUUUGCGAUGGAGAUCAGCAGUGGAGAGGAGUUUUAUAUUGCAUGUGAUAACACGGGGACGCCGCUGGCUGUCUUCAGCAACAACGGGCUGCUGCUGAAACAGGUUCAAUACACUGCAUAUGGAGAGGUCUACUUUGAUUCAAACCCGGACUUUGUGCUGGUGAUUGGUUUCCAUGGCGGCCUGUACGAUCCUCUGACACGCCUGCUGCACUUUGGAGACCGAGACUACGACAUCCCCGCUGGGAGGUGGACCACUCCUGACAUCAGCACAUGGACGCAUGUUGGAAAAGACCCCCAGCCCUUCAACCUGUACAUGUUCAGAGGAAACAACCCCAUCAGCAAGAUCCAUCAGGUCAAAGAAUACGUCACAGAUGUCAACAUUUGGUUGGUCACUUUCGGCUUCCAUCUCCACAACGCCAUCCCAGGAUUCCCCAUCCCCAAGUUUGACCUGACCCAGCCGUCGCUGGAGAUGAAGAAGAGCCAGCUGUGGGAUGAUCUGCCUUUGAUCUCAGGAGUCCAGCAGGAAGUGACUCGUCAGUCUCAGUCCUUCCUGUCCUUUGAGAGGAUGCCUGAAAUCCAGCUGAGCCGGCGUCACUCGGCCCACACCAAACCGUGGCUGUGGUUCGCCACCGUCAAGUCCCUGAUCGGUAAGGGCGUGAUGCUGGCGGUGAUCCAGGGCCGCGUGGUGACCAACGCCCUCAACAUCGCCAACGAGGACUGCAUCAAAGUGGCCGCAGUCUUAAACAACGCCUUUUACCUCGAGGACCUCCAUUAUACGGUGGAGGGACGGGACACGCACUACUUCAUCAAGACCAGCCUGCCGGAGAAUGACCUGAGUGCGCUGCGGCUCACCUCAGGCAGGAAGUCGCUGGAGAACGGAGUGAACGUCACGGUGUCGCAGUCUACGACGGUGAUGAAUGGGAGAACGCGGCGCUUUGCUGACGUGGAGCUGCAGUAUGGCGCUCUGGCGCUCCACGUGCGCUAUGGGACGACGCUGGACGAAGAGAAAGCACGAAUCCUGGAGCACGCCAGGCAGAGGGCGCUGUCGAACGCCUGGUCCCGGGAGCAGCAGCGGGUCAGAGACGGAGAGGAGGGGGUCCGGCUGUGGACGGAGGGAGAGAAGAGGCAGCUGCUAAGCAGCGGGAAGGUUUUAGGUUACGACGGCUACUACGUCCUGUCCAUAGAGCAGUACCCCGAGCUCGCCGACAGCGCCAACAACAUGCAGUUCCUACGGCAGAGCGAGAUCGGGAGGAGGUAACACGGCAUCAGCAAACGUCGAAUAUCUCCCCCCUGUGACUGUCAGAGACUAACAAAGGUUCAGUUUUAACACUAAAUGGAUGUCACAGACUAAACUGUGCAGAGACACGCCUCCUAAGAGAGCCCAAACAAGUUUUAUUCUUCAACACAACCGACCAGAAACUUUACGUAACUUAACGUCCACAUGAGCCUGCUCGGAGGUUCAGUCUCUCAACCAAUGCCUUCUCUCUCUCUUUCUGUUUCUCUGUCUGUCUCUCUGGUGGCCGGGUCUAAACCCGAGUGCUAUAAUCGUGUGCUAACUAGCUGUGAAACAGUCAGAUGUAGAGAUUCGUCCACGUAGCCGACCGAGCAUUUCAGCAGCCUGCAAGCAUUUAGACAGUUCUGAACUGUCCAACAAGUCAAAAACCAGACGCCUGUGGAUCCUGACAGAUGUUGCAGGUAUCAUAUCUGUGUGGGUCCAGAUGUGAGCCGUCACUUUGGAUUGUAGACCUCUAUGAGUCUAAAGGAGCUUUAAUCAGUGGCUCUUUGUAUGGGACUGAAGUGGGACUGGUGUGGACUCUCUCUAAGAGAGACAGGCACUAAAAAAAAGGACUUCAAUUUGUAUGAAGGCAAAAAAAAAAAGACUGAUUUUUUUGUUUUUGUUUUUUAUAUAUGAACUUGCAUUUGCUUCAACAAAGGGGAUUUAAAAAAUGAACAAAAAAGUGUUUACAUACUAUUACCUAUACCACUAUUACUGCAUAUUACUCUAACGUCACCUCCACCGGAAUGGAUCAGGACUGGACUGAACAACACCACAAACUAUGAGUUGUGUUUUUCUUUCUUUCUUACUGAUGGUCUUUUUGGUCGUUUCUGAAACCUCUCCUCCGAAUCCCCCGUGCUCUAAUAAGGUCUAUAAAAUCAAACAGUUUCAAACUACAGUGGUUGUAUGUGGAUGGUUCUGCGUGGGUAUACGCUCUGUGGACUGGAGUGGGCUCAAACACUGGUCCGCAGUCCGCCCAGGACUCCUUCACUUCUGCAAAAUGUGACUCAUAUCGCAUAGACCUUGUGCUUUUAUCGGUCAGAGGUAGUAGUAUUGCUUGCAAUAGAAACAUGUUGUCAUGGCUUUGGGGUGGGGGUGGGGGGGUCAGGGUCGCUGUGAGUAGUAACUAAUCGUUGCUUCUCUCCUCGUUUUUUGCUUGUUUCUCCUUAAAGGGACAGUGCAUCGCCAUCAGUGACUUUAAUGAGUAACAGUGAUUGAUCAGAAAUCGAUGUGGAUGUUUUCUCAUUGAUUGUGGGUCCCUGUACUCUUCUAGAUGAGUUUUCUUUGUGUGUAUGUGUGUUUACAGGGCGGGACUCGAAUCAUUUCAGAGGAAAGAACAGGAUCUUUACAGAAAGUUAACAUCAUAUGCUACCAAUCUUUUUCCAGAGACAAAUGAGACGAGUUGACAAUGUUUCAUGGGUUUAUCUUUUAUUUUUAUUUUGAAGGUUGAGAAAUUCCACUUAUCCGUACAUCAAUAUUAGUCUCAGAGAAAGUAAUUUAUGUACAGUGUUUCUACGGUAAAGAAUAAAAAUCCUUGAAACUA